AACUGUAAAAGGCACAACAGAGAAGAGCACUUCCCAGUCCCAGUGGUGCGGUGAGGAAAGAGCUUCGCUGUCUUCGCCGAUUGCAAUUAGGGUUUUAAAUCGGUAAUCGGUUUGGUGGUGCGCAGCUUUGUGAUUGAGAAUGAGAUCCUUUCCACUUCCGUCUACCUGCUGACAAUGGGCAACUGCGGUACUAGAGACGAGGCUGCCGUCUUCACUCCUCAAGCUCAAGCCCAACAGCUCCAGAAGAAGCACUCCCGCUCUGUCUCAGAUCUGAGCGAUCCAUCCACUCCUCGCUUCCGGGAAGACGCUCGCACUCCUCUUUCGUAUGCCCAAGUCAUCCCCUUCACUUUAUUUGAGCUUGAGACCAUCACUAAGAGCUUCCGCCCAGAUUAUAUACUCGGAGAAGGCGGCUUCGGAACCGUCUACAAGGGCUACAUUGAUGACAAUCUCCGCGUCGGCCUCAAGUCUCUACCUGUUGCCGUCAAGGUUCUCAAUAAGGAGGGCCUCCAGGGCCACCGUGAAUGGCUUACCGAGGUCAACUUCCUCGGCCAACUCCGUCAUCCCAACCUCGUCAAGCUUAUUGGUUACUGCUGCGAGGACGAUCACCGAUUGCUUGUUUAUGAAUUCAUGCUGCGAGGCAGCCUUGAGAAUCACCUUUUUCGAAAAACCACAGCUCCCCUAUCUUGGUCUAGAAGGAUGAUGAUUUCCCUUGGCGCUGCUAAAGGCCUUGCUUUCCUCCACAAUGCUGAAAGACCGGUCAUUUAUAGGGAUUUCAAGACUUCUAAUAUACUGCUUGACUCGGACUACACAGCCAAGCUUUCAGAUUUUGGCUUAGCUAAAGCUGGGCCCCAGGGUGAUGAAACUCAUGUAUCAACUCGAGUAAUGGGCACUUAUGGCUAUGCUGCACCAGAAUAUGUGAUGACCGGACACCUGACGGCUAGAAGUGAUGUGUACAGCUUUGGAGUUGUUCUUCUAGAGAUGUUGACGGGAAGAAAAUCAGUGGACAAGACAAGACCUAGCAAAGAGCAGAACUUGGUUGAUUGGGCUCGGCCGAAGCUGAAUGAUAAAAGAAAACUGCUGCAAAUAAUCGACCCAAGACUGGAGAACCAAUACUCUGUCAGGGCAGCUCAGAAAGCAUGCAGCUUGGCUUAUUAUUGUCUUAGCCAGAACCCGAAAGCUAGGCCAUUGAUGAGCGAUGUGGUUGAAACUUUGGAACCUUUGCAGUGUACAGGUGAUGCCCUGAUUCCUGGUGCAACAACUGCAGCUGGAGCUGCAUUUGCAAUGGGAGGGGUGCCUGAUUACAGAAUGCACAGGAGGUUUGCAAAGAACGUUGGGCCUGGUGCGAUUUGCAGGUCACCCAAUCCAAAUUGUUCACCGGGUGGACCUGCAGCAUGCAGGGUUCGGUGAUUAGUGUCAAGUGUACAUAAUCAGUUUCGCUGUGUCUCCUUUUGCAUAAUUUCAGUCAGAGCCAAACAUCUGGUUGCUAAAAAUCGUGGAUGCACGUUGUUUUUGUUGUUUGUUGUUGAUGCUGCUGUUUAUUGCCACUUUAAUUUCUUGAUCUGUUCAAGUCUUGUAUGAUUAUGAUUGAGCGUUGUUCUCGUUUAUUAGGCACUCUGAUGAAGUGUGCUUGUAGUAGCAGACACUUUAUUAACUUGAAUGUGAA